ACUGAGGGUGUGUGUAUGUGUGUGCGUGUGAGUGCGCGCGCGAGUGUGUGGACAAGGAGGUGGGGGCAGCCGAGUUAGAGUCCCAACUCCUUGGACUCCAUUUGCGAUUCUCUUCUUUCUUCCCCAUACCUAUCUGGUGGUGGUGGGCGUUUAUAUUUGCCUUUCUUUUCAUUCAUUUCCAAAUCUUUUAAAAAUUUAGGGUUGGGGGUAGUGGGAAAGGCAGGAAAAGGUAAGGGAGGAGAGUAGUAACAGAAGAGCAGGAGGAGGACAUGGAGAUGAAGAAGAGGAUUAACCUGGAGUUAAGGGACAGAGCCCCGGAGGAGGUAACAGAAUUGGUCCUUGAUAAUUGCCUCUGUGUCAAUGGGGAAAUUGAGGGCCUGAAUGAUACUUUUAAAAAACUAGAGUUUCUGAGUAUGGCUAAUGUGGAACUAAGUUCACUGGCCCGGCUGCCCAGCUUAAAUAAACUUCGGAAGUUGGAACUUAGUGACAAUAUAAUUUCUGGAGGCUUGGAAGUCCUGGCAGAGAAAUGCCCAAAUCUUACCUACCUCAAUUUGAGUGGAAACAAAAUCAAAGAUCUCAGUACAGUAGAAGCUCUGCAAAAUCUUAAAAAUUUGAAGAGUCUUGACUUGUUUAACUGUGAGAUCACAAACCUGGAAGAUUACAGAGAAAGUAUUUUUGAACUGCUGCAGCAAAUCACAUACUUAGAUGGAUUUGACCAGGAGGAUAAUGAAGCACCAGAUUCAGAAGAGGAGGAUGAUGAGGAUGGAGAUGAAGAUGAUGAAGAGGAAGAGGAAGAUGAAGCUGGUCCACCUGAAGGAUAUGAGGAAGAGGAGGAAGAAGAAGAGGAGGAUGAGGAUGAGGAUGAAGAUGAAGCAGGCUCAGAACUGGGAGAGGGAGAAGAGGAGGUGGGCCUCUCAUACUUGAUGAAAGAAGAAAUUCAGGAUGAAGAAGAUGAUGAUGACUAUGUUGAAGAAGGGGAAGAAGAAGAAGAAGAAGAAGAAGAGGAAGAAGAAGGUCUUCGAGGGGAAAAGAGGAAACGAGAUGCUGAAGAUGAUGGAGAGGAGGAAGAUGACUAGAUCAUUCUAAGACCAGAUUCCCUAAUGUUCCUGGGUGUGCAAUAGAGUGAUCACAUCUUCUUUGUUUCUUCUUGUAUGAUAGCUAUCCCUACAGAAUAUAAUGUGUAACUUUUUAUAGGAAAAGUGUGGUUUUACUAUUUUUGCCUUAUCAUUCCAAAUAAGAUUAACUAGUCUGUUAAUGAUCAUAUUGUAUGUAGAGAAAAAUUUUCAUUGACCCCCCCCCAUUGUGAAAUUCCCUAGCAAUUUAUUUAGAAUCUUAAAUUUUCUAAUUAAAGCUCAUUGUAUUAGUCAUUUUUAGCAUAAUUAAAAUAUGAUCGCUUUUACACAGGCAUAGUAUGGUGCAUUUCAUUCAUAGGGUUUUUAAGUUAUUUAUAAAUUCACUGAAAUCACAGUUGGCUGAAAUCUGGAAUGAAAAUAGUCUCUUGAAUGCUAAGUUGGUUAUUUUUUUAGAGGCAACCCAGAGAUCUUUAGUUUGAAGGCAGUGCCUUUUUUUUUGGCUGAGGGUAGUUGAAUGCUUUUUUGUCACAUGAGUAGCUUGGAAAGUAGGGGCAGAAUAGUAAAGGUUUUAUUCAACAAUAUAGUUCAUGGCACUUGUGGAGCCUUCUAAAACCCUUUAAGCUAGGUGACUAAGAAGAUCUUUGUUUUCAAGGAAAAAUUGCUUAUACUGAGUUGAGAGACAUGUAGGUGAGCCCUUUCUUGUUUCAGCUGAAGAUCAUGGCCUGCCAACGGUUGUUAUUUUAACUGUGCAGUCUUGUUUUCCUCUCAGUGAUUCUCUUAUGAUCACCUUCCUUUCUUGCUUCACUCCUUUCCCUCUUCUCAAAAAACAAUUGGGAAACAGGGACACCCAGGAUGACUCUGUUUUAUACCUCAACCACCUUUUCAGACCUGUGUCAGUCUUAAACAAGCUAAGUGAAAGAAACUGAGUAUUUUCUGAAAUAUGGAUAUUAUUAUCAAUACAGUUUUAUGCAACAGACUUUGCUUACUAUAAAUUUUUCUUGACAUGAUGUACAGACUGUAUUAGGAAGAUGGAGAAAGAAAAGAAUAGAGGAGACUCUUGGAAGCAGCACUGUGUUCCUCAAAAUGAAAGUGAAGUCGCUCUUGGCGACCCCAUGGACUGGAGCCUACCAGGCUCCUCCAUCCAUGGGAUUUUCCAGGCAAGAAUACUGGAGUGGGGUGCCAUUGCCUUCUCUGAAAGUCAGAACAAUUGCCUGGUGAUAAUGAGACAUUCAAAUCAGAUUAGCUUUCCAAAUGAUUUAGAUACCACUCUGCAAAGCAUGGGCUUCCCAGGUGGCACUAGUGGUAAAGAAUUCACUUGCCAGUACAGGAGACGUAAGAGAUGUGGGUUUGAUCCCUGAGUUGGGAAGAUCCCCUGGAAGAGGGCAUGGCAACCCACUCCAGUAUUCUUGCAUGGAGAAUCCCAGGGACAGAGGAGCCUGAGUGGCUCUAGUCCAUAGGACUGCAAAGAGUCAGACAUCACAGAAGCAACUUAAGAAUGCACACACUGCAAAGUAGUUCUAAUUUUUCUGAGCAGAACCUUUAUUCUUUGUAUAGUUUUAAAGCAUUAUUACCAGUUAUAGCAUUUAAUUGGAAUACACUGGACAGCUGGGAAAAUAUUUGAAACUAAAUCAAUAUUAAGAUUUGUUUUCAGGUAGAUGUCUAUUAAAAAUAGAAACAUUUGGGAUAACUGAGUGUGUGUUUCCUUAUACAACUACUAAAUAUAAUAUGAGUAGGCAAGUACAUCUUUGUUGUUGUUGUGGAGGCUCCGUGUUCAAGGCAAUUGCUUUCUUAAUUUUAGCUAGCUAAAAAUUUUUUCCCCUUUGUUUUGAAUAUGUGUAAGUUUUUAAAAAGUAUCAGCAAAUUAGUUGGUUACACUUGCAUACUGGGACACAUUUAAAUUACUGAGAAUAGUAUUACUUCUUUCUUAGUUUAAAAUGUGUGACAGGGUUUUAGAGUAAAAAAUUACAAAGUUAUUUCUGGAUAAACUAAAAAAGCUGCAUAACUAAAAUAAAACUGUUGGAAUUAGUUUAGUUGGGGGGUUGGAAUCUCCAAAGGCUAACAUUUUACUCCUUUUUAACAAUUAUAAUACCCUGUUUUAAUUCCUGAGAAUUCUUAUUGCAUAAUAUGCCAGAUUAUAAGAUACUUUAAAAGUUAAAUCUAUAUAUUGACUUUCUUAUCAAUCAUCUUAUUGUGCAAUCAAAAUGAUCAAAAUUAGAGUUCUUUGGUUUGAAAACAACACUUAGAGCCUCCAAAUAACUUUUUAAGAGUUAUUUAGCUUUGUGGGUGAUAUUUUCAUGCAAAUAAGUAAGGGUGGGUUUUAUAUUUUGUAGAAGUUUUUGGUCCUAUUUUAAUGCUCUUUGUAUGGCAGUAUGUAUAUAGUGUGUUAAAUUCCUCAAGACCCUCCUUGAAAACUUUGAAGUUAAUACUUUUGUGCAACUGUGUUUUGAAUAAAGCCAUGACAGUGUUAAAAACAAAAAAGGCAGUACUGAUUAUUAUUUUAUUGUUUCUGACCCCUGUU